AUGACAAAGGAAAGAGUUGCCUUCCUUGGACCGGUGUCCUCGUAUUCACAUCAGGCUACGCUAGGAUGCUUCCCCGAAGCCGACUAUGAACUUGUCCCCGUGGUGACAAUUAGAGAUAUCUUCGAAGCUGUGCAAUCUGGAACAGCCUCACGAGGUGUUAUCCCGUUCGAAAACUCCACGAAUGGCUCCGUAGUCUUCACGCUCGACCUCUUCGCAGACAGAGAGCUGUCAUACCCCGACAUAUCCGUGUGCGGCGAGAUAUAUCAAGAUGUCCAUCACUGUCUUUUGGGUCAUAAAUCGAGUUCUCUACCACAGAAUACAGACGGCGCCUCUACCCCGACGCCUGCUGUGCCCAAGCCAUUGGAGCCGCGGACGCAGCCGUUGUCAAGCUUAGACAAGAUCCAACGGAUAUACUCCCACCCACAGGCAUUCGGACAGUGCGAACUAUUCCUAGGGGCAUAUCUCAAGGGCAUCGAGAGGAUCGAUGUCACUUCUACGAGCAAGGCGGCGGAGUUGGUAAAGGCAGACACAACUGGGACGAGCGCCGCUAUCGCAAGCGAAGCAGCAUCAGUUGUUCACAAGCUAGAUGUGCUUGCGAGAAACAUAGAAGAUACGGUGGACAAUACUACUCGAUUCUUCGUCCUGAGAAAGGGCUUAGAGAACGACAAAGUGGACGAAGCGGGUCUAUUCGCCCAAGCUGGAGCUCAUGAGAAGAGCUUGGUGUCAUUCACGGUCGACCAUAAAUCUCCGGGGGCACUCGCGGACGCCUUGGACAGCUUUAAAAAGUACCAGCUGAACCUGACUAGUAUUAAUAGCCGGCCCAGCAGGAUUCGCCCGUUCCAGUAUAUAUUCUUCGUGGAGUUCGAGGGGAGCAACCUCCACGAUCCUCAAGGAGUUGUCAAGGGUGCUUUUGAGCUUCUUGAUAAGGCCGCGCAGAGCUGGAGAUGGCUAGGAAGCUGGACAGAUCAGUUGUCUGCGAAAAUGGGUACAAGAUCGUGA